AUGCUAAAACUGAUGGCAUUACGACACUUCACAGAUAGUUCAAGACUACGCAGAAGCAUUCUUCUUCAUUCAGAACUAUCUCCAUCAAAUCGAAUUUACAGUGUUUCUGAAAGCGUUAAUCUAGAGAAUAGCCAAUUCAUUAGAUGCUAUGCUGUAGGAUUUAGGAUGGACAUUCAAGUUGGUGGUGCUGUUUUCUGUACCAAUUCUAAAUUGAAUUCUUCAAAAUGUUAUUACUUUCAAAAUUAUGCGGUUUACGCAGCUGCAUUAGCAACACUAUCGUCAUCAUUGUACAUAUCUGAUUGUAUUUUUAGUGAAAACUCCGCCUCACGUGAUAUUGGUGCAAUUUGGUCGAUGUCAAAUUCUCAGACAAAUAUUUUAAACUGUAAUUUUUCCAAAAAUACAGCAACUACAUCAUUUGGUGCACUAUGUGUCAAUAGUUCAUCGUUACUUAUUAACAAUUGCCGUUUUGAAGAUAACACUGCAGCUGAUAUAUCUUCUACAAUUGGAAUAUGCAACAUUCAUAAUCCUGUUUUCCAAAAUUCUGUUUUCAAAAGCGAAAUAUCAUUACCAAUAUUUUAUUUUGAAAACAUAAAUAAUGAAAUAAUAAGAGUUAAUUAUGAUUCUUGUUUUUUCAAUACUGGUAAUGAGGAUAGGCUCAUGAGAUUCUAUUGUAACACUGUAAUUAAUAUUCAGGGCUGUACCUGUGGCACUGCAACAAAAUACAAUACGGUAAAUGCAAUCGAAGGCCUAAUAGUUCAACUAAAUGGAGAAAUAAAGACAUCUAUUCCAAAUGAAAGAGAGUGCUAUCUUUAUUUCAACCCCCCAGAUCCAACACCAGUACAUACUCCAUUUAAUACCCCAUUCUUAACUGCGAUCCCAACUCCAUUUAUAACAGUGGAACAAACACCAGGUUCAUCAGCAAUAGAAACACCAUAUCAAAGUCCUCUUCAAACUGUAGUUCAAACUCCAUAUGGAACGAUUUAUCCAUCCCCAAGUCCUUCUUUAUUACCAACACCUUCAAUGUCACCUUCUCCAUCUAUGUUCCCCACUCCAACAAAUUCGAUGUCUGCAACUCCAAAAGAAACUCCAAGCAGUUCAGCUCAGAAAACUCCAUCACCAACAGAAUCUCAGGAACAACAAGAUGAAACUCCAAGUCUUCCAAGUCUUGGCCUUGGAUUAGGUUUAGGUGGAGGACUUUUGCUCCUUUUAAUUUUGAUCAUAAUUAUCUGUUGUUGCUGUUGCAAAUUCUGCAAGAAACAAUGUUGCUGCUGCUUCAAAUGUUUCAAAUGCUGUUGCAAACCAAUUUGCAAAGGAUGCUGCUUUUGUCCUUGUGAUGAUUGUUGCCAGAAAGAUGAUUUAUCAGAUUCGGCCAUUAACAAUAGUAAUUACUAUAAUUAUAAUGGAAAACAGCAUUAUGUUAUAGAUAUUGAGAAGGCUCAGCUUCCAAAAGCAGAAGAAUGCGUCAUUGUACUUAACCCACUUUGGAGAGGAGGAUCUGAUAUUGUUACAAUAGAUGAAUAA